AUGAACCAAAACUUCAUGGGGGCGCCAGAUCGGGAGGACCUGAGGGUCUUAGAUCAGCUGCGCCGCCAACUCCUGCCUAUGAUUGCGGUGUUGGACAAGUUGAAGGCAGAGAUGGAGUUUAAGAUGUCUAGAGGAGAGACUGUAGACUGGCCACAAAUUCACCGCACAACAAGCCUAGUUACAACCUACAUAUCGUCUUUCUCCACGCUCAUACAUGGCGGUUACAAGCACAGCAGCGAAAUCACCCAGGAAACGCGCCAGGUACCCAAACACGACGACAAUGGUAAUCCCGUUCUCAACCCCGAUGGGACACCCGUCUUGGUCUCCAAGGAGUUCCCCAAGACGAUCUACCGCGAUACACCAUUUAAUGGCCAGGCGGAGAGGAUCAAGGCGCUGCAUCCAUUUCCCAUGGCGCCGUUUCCCAUCAUGGGUGUAGGGGCGGGCAUGGCAAAUACCAUGUUGAGGAAGAGGUUGGAACCAAAGGAGGAGGAGUGGGUGGAGGCGCGGAUAAGGAAAGCGAGUGAGUUUGCGCAUGUGCCGAGUGAGUGGGGUAUAGAGCCCAAGAAAGCCGACGCAAAGGAUGAGAAAGACAAUGAUAGCAGUGAUGAGGACGACGAUGCGGAUGAUGAUGGCGUUGAGCGGAUGCCGACGAAGCGUGCAAGGGGUACGCUCGGCGAAGACGAGAUUCUAGACUUAUGGCAGCAUGCGCAUCAAGAAGCGUUUGAUCAGCAGUACCUGAGGAAUAAAUACCCGGAGGACUACGGCGGAGAUGGGGGUGAUGGAGAAGGUGGUGAGGAGGGCGAGACCCCAGAUAGUGAGAAUGGCGACGGCGACGAAGAGGAUGAAGAUGAAGAUGACUUUGAGGAUGUCAUGGACACGUCUGGAGCCCCGGAAACAUCCAAGGCGCCGGAGCCAGCUGAAGCACCUGUACCAGAGGCUACACCUCUGGCUCUACGCGCUGCGGUACCUGCCAGGCCUGCGGUGCAUCAAGCUAUACCCGGACUGCCCGUGUUGCCUUUAGGGUUUAUGCACAAGUUUAUGAGUUCUGGGGAGGUAACGGGACAAUAG